AUGCCAGUGUUGCUGAACACCAAUGCCUCUUUCAGCUCCAGACAGGAGCUCCUGGACUUGCAGGACUGUCCUCACAAUGGGGGUCCCGCUGUGGACACCUCUAGUCCCGAGGAUUCCCUAGCAGGAAGCCCCAUUGGUUCUGGUCCUAGAAGCCCUGGCAGGCCAGGAGCUAAUGGACCCAUCAGGUCCCACAUUUUUACAGGAGCUUCAAUGCUCCCCGGGCAGUUGUAUGGAGGGGACACACAGCCUGUCAGACAGCUUCCUUUGGGGGUACCGCUGAUCUCAAGUGACCCAGACCAGCUAUGUGGCUGGAGGGCUCUGACGCCCAGGUUCAUCCAGGUUUUCAACACGCCACGCUGGGUGCUGUUCUUCCUCUGCGUGGCCUCUUUCCUCCAGGGGAUGAUCGUCAACGGCUUCAUAAACACCGUGGUGACCUCCAUCGAGCGGCGCUUUGACCUGCGCAGCUACCAGGCCGGCCUCAUCGCCAGCUCCUACGACAUCGCCACCUGCUUCUGCCUGGCCUUCGUCAGCUACUUUGGUGGCACGAGGCACAAGCCCCGCUGGCUGGGAUGGGGGGUUCUCAUCAUGGCACUGGGCUCUCUGGUGUUCGCCUUGCCUCAUUUCACCACGCCCCCCUACCUGGUCAAUAAGCCUGAGCAGACGGGAAUGUGCUCUGCGAACUCUACCAGCCAGUGCCAAGACACGGAGGCCGGAGGACUGUCGGGUUAUCGCUUCGUGUUCAUGCUGGGACAGUUUCUACAUGGCAUGGGCGCCACUCCUCUCUACACGCUGGGGGUCACGUACCUGGAUGAGAACGUCAGCUCCAACUAUGGACCUGUUUACAUAGGGAUCUUUUAUACAGCAGCUGUAGUGGGUCCUGCAGCCGGCUACCUGCUGGGAGGUUACUUCCUCAACAUUUACACCGAGGUCCAGCUGACGACGGACAUGUCUCCGGAGAGCCCCCACUGGGUCGGGGCUUGGUGGGUCGGUUUCCUCGCAGGAGGAGCAGCCGUCGCUCUGGUUGCUCUCCCCAUCCUGGGUUACCCCCGACAGCUGCCAGGCUCACAGAAGCACGCGGGCAUGCGGGUGUCUGAAACCCACCAGCUGAAGGAUGGAAGCCACGUCACCGCCUCCGAUCCCCACUUUGGAAAAUCAGCCAAAGACAUGCCGAGGUCUGUGCUGCUCCUCCUGAAGAACCCGACCUUCCUGUUCCUGUGUCUGGCGGGAGCCACCGAGGCCAUGCUCGUGGCCGGCAUGUCCACCUUCGGCCCAAAGUUCUUAGAAUCCCAGUUCAGCCUCAGCGCAUCAGAUGCUGCCAUGCUGUUUGGCUACAUGGUGGUUCCAGCUGGAGGCGGAGGAACGUUCCUGGGCGGCUACAUCGUGAAGAAGCUGAACUUACGCUGCCGAGGCAUCAUUCGGUUCUGCAUGGUGUGCGCCUUAGUCAGUCUGUUCUCCAUCUUCGUCUUCCUGUUCCACUGCCCCAACAUGCCCAUGGCUGGUGUCACAGCUCAGUAUCAGUCUGAGCUGAUGGAGCAGCCACAUCUGGACCAGCACAAACAGCUGUAUGACAAGCCCAGCGCAGCACUUAGAAACAGCUCUGUUCUGGACGAGGACCUGACGGUCGGCUGUAACGCAGCUUGCAGCUGUGCCAGAGAACUGUACAACCCGGUGUGCGGCGCCGACGGUGUGGCGUAUUACUCCCCCUGCCACGCUGGCUGCACCUCCAUCAACUCCACCGAGCUCUCUGGUAAACAGGUGUAUUCUGGGUGCAGCUGUGUGCUGGGCAACGUAUCCUGGGGCGAGGAGGGCUUCGCUCAGGCAGGGAAGUGCAGCAGCUCAUGUAGCCACAUGCCGGUCUUCCUCUCCCUGUUCUUCGUCGUCAUCCUCUUCACCUUCCUCAGCAGCAUCCCUGCUCUCACCGCCACGCUCAGGUGUGUCCCGGACAGCCAGCGAUCCUUCGGACUUGGUAUUCAGUGGAUCGUGGUGCGCUUACUUGGCAGCAUUCCAGGACCGAUAGCGUUUGGCUCGGUGAUCGACAUCUCCUGCUUACUGUGGCAGGACCAGUGCGGCGAGCAGGGCUCCUGCUACAUCUACCAGAACUCAGCCAUGAGUCUGUACACGCUCAUCGCUGGGAUCAUCUUCAAGGUUCUGGGGACAAGUUUCUUUCUGAUAGCCAGCGUUCUGUACAAGCCUCCUCCAGAGUCUCCUCAAAGCAGCUGCGAGAGCACCGACCACGGGACCGAGCACAUGAGCGACCUGCCCGUCAAAGACCUGCCCGAGGACGGCGUCAUCAUCAACCUGAACGCCAGGUUAUGACGUCAGAGACCUCCUAACCGCGAGUCUUUUUGUUUGUGUUGAGAAAAACGCCCCAGAAUGCCUUGAUACACACAAACA